CCGCUCACACCGGAGUCACUUCCGAAGAGAGAGAACCGCCAUGAAGAGAGAAGGGGGUGCCGCCCACCUCUGUUCCGACAGCCUCCCCGAGUCCCAGCAACAAGACGGCAACCACACACCCAACUUCUCCAGCCACAGCUCAUGCCGCCGUCGCCAGCGGCGCCGACAUGACAAGGCGCUGCAUGCCCGCUAGGCCAGGUUUCCCCUCAUCCCCAGCCCCGGGGUCGUCGCCCCCGCGCUGCCAUCUGAGACCCGGUAGUACCGCCCCUGCUGCAGCGGGAAAGAGAACAGAGAGUCCUGGGGACAGGAAGCAGUCAAUUAUAGAUUUCUUCAAACAAGCUUCAAAACAAGAUAGACAUAUGUUGGAUUCUCCACAAAAAUCAAACAUCAAAUAUGGAGGAAGUGGAUUGUCCAUCACUGGGACAGAGCAAUUUGAAAGGAAACCAUCCUCACCAAAAAAAUCUAAACCCAAAAGGGUGUCAUCAGAGAAAAGUCCUAUUUUAGAAGUUCUCAUGAAAGGUGUUAAUAAAGAGCAUCAUAAAGAUCGUGAUGUACAUGAGUCACGUCGACCUUGUGUGUCACUAGGCUCCAAAUAUUUAUCCAAAGGAACAAAUAUCUAUGUUCCUUCUUCAUAUCGCUUGUCAAAAGAGAUGAAGUCACUAAAGAAAAAACAUCGGUCUCCAGAGAGAAGGAAAUCACUGUUCACUCAUGAAAAUAGCAGGGAGAAGAAUGAUAGAGAUCGAGGCAAGGCAAAUUCAGACUCUAAAAAGCAGGCCAUGGUGAGAGAAGCCGAAAUCUUCAAGAAUGGCUCCAGAAGUCUUAGUAGCCGGAGCAGCCUAUCCAGACACCACCCAGGAGAAAGCCCAUUGGGAGCUAAGUUCCAGUUGUCACUAGCUUCUUACUGCAGAGAACGGGAGCUGAAGAGGUUGAGAAAGGAGCAAAUGGAGCAAAAAAUCAACUCAGAAAAUUCUUUCUCUGAAGCAAGCAGUCUUUCCUUAAAAUCUUCUAGCGUGGGAAGAAAAUGUACACCGAGGCAGGAACAAAGUAAACAUAAUGAUGUCAUACCUGGAAAAAGUAAUCUUUCAAAUCUGGAAAAUGGACAUCUCUCAAGAAAAAGAUCCUCUUCUGAUUCAUGGGAACCUAAUUCAGCAGGUUCUAAGAAUAAAUUCCCUGACAAGAGAAAAAGGAACUCUGUGGACUCAGAUCUGAAAAGCACAAGAGAAUCUGUAAUACCGAAAGCAAAAGAGUCCAUCCUUGAGAAGCGUUCUGACGGACCACAUCAGAGAGAAAAAUUUAUAAGACAUAUUGCACUGAAGACACCUGGUGGUGUGCUGCGCUUGGAAGAUAUAUCCAAGGAACCAAAUGAUGAAACUGAUCACUCCUCCACAAGCUUAGCACCUUCAAAUUCUGGCUACCAUUCUUCCAGGAAUAGUGACCAAAUCCGUGUGGCGAGUACCAAAGAGACUAAGAUACAGAAACCCCACUUAUCUUUACCUCAGGAAAAAUCUACAAUUAAAAAGGCUAGCAACCUUCAGAGAAAUAAAACUGCUAGCUCUGUGACAUCAAAAGAGACAAAACUUCUACCUUUGCUCUCCCAUGUUCCAAGUGCUGGUUCUUCUCGGGUACCAUUAAAUGCUAAAAAUUGCACUCUUCCAGUUCCUAAAAAAGAUAAAGAGCGUUCCUCAUCUAAAGAAUGUUCUGGGCAUUCUACAGAAUCCUCCAAACACAAGGAACACAAAGCAAAGACUAAUAAGGCUGAUUCUAAUGUAUCUUCAGGGAAAAUUACUGGGGGAUCUUUACGUUCAGAAUGUGGCACUUCUACAAAGUCUCCCCCAGCUGCUUUGGAAGUUGUGCCAUGUAUCCCAAGCCCUACAGAACCUUCAGAUAAAGCCCCUUCAGAUAAAGAGAGUUCAGGAAAUUCCAAUGCAGGUAGCAGUGCACUGAAAAGAAAAUUAAGGGGUGAUUUUGAUAGUGAUGAAGAAAGUUUAGGUUAUAACCUAGACAGUGAUGAGGAAGAGGAAACCUUAAAAUCACUGGAAGAAAUAAUGGCUUUGAACUUCAGUCAGACUCCUGCAACUUCAGGAAAGCCUCCUGCUCUUUCUAAGGGGCUUAGAUCUCAGUCAUCAGACUAUACAGAGUAUGUUCAUAGUGGAACUUAUACAAAUACUUUAGAUCGUCUAGUGAAAGAGAUGGAAGACACACAAAGGCUAGAUGAACUGCAGAAGCAACUACAAGAAGACAUAAGGCAGGGCCGAGGCAUUAAAUCACCAAUCAGAAUCGGAGAUCAAGACAGUACAGAUGAUGAGGAUGGCCUCUUGGAAGAGCACAGGGAAUUUCUUAAGAAAUUUUCAGUUACAAUUGAUGCUAUUCCUGAUCAUCAUCCAGGUGAAGAAAUAUUUAAUUUUCUCAACUCUGGGAAAAUUUUCAAUCAGUAUACCUUGGAUUUAAGAGACUCUGGUUUUAUUGGACAAAGUGCUGUAGAAAAGCUUAUUCUCAAAUCGGGAAAAACAGAUCAGAUUUUUUUGACAACACAAGGUUUCCUCACCUCUGCUUACCAUUAUGUUCAGUGUCCUAUACCUGUAUUAAAGUGGCUGUUUCGGAUGAUGUCAGUUCAUACAGACUGUAUUGUGUCAGUGCAAAUUUUAAGUACGUUGAUGGAAAUAACAAUUAGAAAUGAUACUUUCAGUGACUCACCAAUUUGGCCUUGGAUCCCAUCAUUGUCUGAUAUAGCAGCUGUGUUUUUCAAUAUGGGGAUUGAUUUUAGAUCUUUGUUUCCUCUGGAGAAUCUUCAACCAGACUUUAAUGAAGACAAUCUAGUUUCUGAAACACAGACAACAUUGGGGGAGAAAGGAAGUGAAGAUUCAUCUUAUAAGCCAAUUUUUUCAACUCUUCCUGAAACCAACAUUUUAAAUGUGGUUAAGUUUCUAGGCUUGUGUACAUCCAUACAUCCAGAAGGUUACCAAGAUCGUGAAAUAAUGUUGCUGAUUUUGAUGUUGUUUAAAAUGAGUUUGGAAAAACAGCUGAAACAGAUUCCUCUAGUUGACUUUCAGAGCCUCCUGAUAAACCUGAUGAAGAAUAUCAGAGAUUGGAACACAAAGGUACCUGAACUCUGUCUGGGCAUAAAUGAACUUUCCAGCCAUCCUCAUAAUCUUUUGUGGUUGGUACAGCUAGUCCCUAACUGGACAUCACGUGGAAGGCAACUCAGACAGUGCCUCAGUCUAGUGAUAAUUUCAAAGCUUUUGGAUGAGAAACAUGAAGAUGUCCCAAAUGCCAAUAAUCUGCAGAUAUCCGUCCUGCAUCGAUAUCUUGUGCAAAUGAAGCCUUCUGAUUUGUUGAAGAAAAUGGUCUUAAAGAAAAGGGCUGAACAACCAAAUGGCACUAUUGAUGACAGUCUUCAUUUAGAACUUGAAAAGCAGGCAUAUUACCUGACCUACAUUCUUCUUCAUUUAGUUGGUGAAGUUAGUUGUUCUCAUUCUUUUUCUUCUGGACAACGGAAGCACUUCGUGCUACUCUGUGGGGCUUUGGAAAAGCAUGUUAAAUGUGAUAUUAGGGAAGAUGCAAGACUUUUUUACAGAACUAAGGUGAAAGACUUGGUUGCCAGGAUACAUGGAAAAUGGCAGGAAAUAAUUCAGAACUGUCGGCCUACUCAGGGGCAGCUUCAUGACUUCUGGGUACCAGAUUCUUAACAGAAGUUAUAGCAGCAAAAAUAUGAACCAAGAGAAAUUCGUUAAGAGCCUUUCCAAGAAGAGUAAAAAGAAUCACUAUGGAUUCCAGUGCUAUAGAAUGCUAAGAAAAUACACAGCAAAUGUGCCACUUGAAUAUCUAGUAUGAAGCUGGUAAUGAAAAAAUUGCCAUUUCUGAAGCAGAUAUGAAAUGUGAUCUGCUUAGUUUUUAAGGCAACUGACCUUUUAAAAGAGCAGAGUCUUACAAAAGGAGGGAAAGGAUAGAAGCACCUCAUAAUCUAAACCUGCCCUUAUUAAUUCCUCCUGUUAAAUUACAAGCCAAUAUCUUUUUGUAGGGAGUAUUUGUGGCACUUGGAUAAAUCAUGGGAAAUAUGGAAGAAAAGAGUUUGGACCAACUUGAGGAGUUGGACAUAGAAACCAGGACCAAAUUCCAGUUGGGUUUAAUUUUCCCUCUUUGUUAUUUUAGUAUGCAAAGGGAUUGCUUAGAACAGAGUUUAGUAACAAAGGCAUUGAUCUUUUCUGUAAACUUCUAUAAACUGCAAUAGGUUUCAAUCCCUGCAUUUUCCUUCACUAUUAAGAUUAUACAUCUAUUAGGUUUUUUAAAACACAUUUAAAUAAUUAAUCAGAAGUUUGAUAUGUCAUCAGAUCCCUAUAAGAGGAAGAGGUUAAGCUGUAGUGACUCUGUUUUUAAAAUGCCAAAUGCAGCUUGUUUUGAAUUGCUUUUAAAUGCAUAUAUAUAUAUAUAUAUAUAUAUAUAUACACACACACACACUUUUUUUUUUUUUUUUUUUUUAAUACUGGUUAAACCUUAGAAGUCUGGCCCUUGGUAGCCAUGUUACUGAAGUCUCUAUUAUAAAAACUUAAAUAUCUGGAAAAGUUUCCAAAAACCUUGUUUCCAUGAGUAUAUUACUUUGGCAGAGACCUGGAUGGUGUUUAUUCUUUGGGAUACUGUGUGUGUGUGUGUAUGUGUGUGUGUACAUACACACACUCAUGCAUGUGUGUGCUCGUGUGCUUGUAUUUUGAAAUUGUUGCACUUGAAAAUCACAGCUGCUCUAAAUUCUUAAACACUGGACAGCCAUCCUUUGGUUUUAAAUGGUGGAGGGUUAGUAGAAGCAUACAAUGCUGGUUUUAGCCCAAGGGCCCUUUAAAGCCAUUGGAUAGUAACCGGUUCUUACUAGCCAACUCAAAAAUUCUUUUGUUGACUGAAUGUCUCUUUUAGUAGGGUUUGUUCCUGAAAGAGAAUACUAUUUUGUUGUUGUUGUUGUUCUUUCAACUUUGGCUUGGGUGACUUGCUCUCUCCUGAGCACUCUCAUGUCUUUAGUUGUAGGGGAAAAGAUGAUGGAAGUGAAGGGAACUGGACUUGAUGUUUAUGGUUUGAGAGAGGAGAAAUUAAGUUUUAAUUAAGAACUAACUUUCUACCUCUAAACUGAGGCUUAGGAGUAAAGAAAAAAAAUUAUCUUAAAUUUAUCAUUUCAAUUUCAUUUCAAAUAGCAUCAGUAACUUUUGAGCUCAUGUCAAGCAUUGGGCAGUUAGAGAUUUUUAUAGACAGGACUAAAUAAAUCCAGUUCCUAAGAACCCAGGCUGAAUGAGGCUCCAAGAAUCAGACCAACAUGUUUUAUUCUGUGUUGAGUUUACUGGUAAGAAUAUUAUUAUUCUUGAUACUACCUCUCAAAGGUAUUGUUACAAAAUGCCACUUAUUAACUGAACGUUAAAGAGAUAGAUACAAAGAGUUAUAUUUGAAAGAAGCUUGAUGAAACUCUGGCAUCUAUCUGCCCAACAAUGGGGGCUUUCACUCUGUAAUUUAAUAUUUUGUAGAUACAUUAUUUGUGUGUAAUUUUAUAAGUGUUCAUAUUUUUCUCAUUUUGCAUUGUGUAAAGUGUACAAAAUCUCAAAGUAUAAAAUACUGCUUAUAUUGCUUGUAAUUAUAGUGUGUAAAUAUUUUCUAAUUGUGUACAUUGACGGGGUGGGGGACAAGUGGGUUAUUCAGGUUUUUUUUUAAGUGACCCUUUUGUAUUGCAGUUUCAACAGAUAACUGCCCAUCAAAUUUAAAACCACUUUGAUACAUUUUUAUUUAGCAGUUCCAAUAAGAAAAAUCUCUAUUUUUAAUUGUCUUUCUCCAUUAAAAGAAAACUAUUUCAUCUGUCCCUUUAAAAUAAAUGGCCAGACAUCAGUUUAGGCCCUUUUAUUUAUGACUCUGGUAGACAUCUUCAGUCUCCAGGUUAUAGUCCAGUCAGCAUUUGCAUUUGGGUUCUCAGAAAUUUUGUGAUUCUGUUUUAGCACAAGUAGCCCAUGGUUUUUCUCCCAAAUAAAGUAUUUUCCUUCACCCUCUUGAGUCCCCAUGCUUUGUCUCCCUCCUCUUGUUGCCCAGUGAAUGGGAUGUUAGAGAGGGAGAAAAUGUUCAUUGCACAGAGAAUGUCAGGCUGCUUUUGGGACUUGGCAAACAAAGCUUGCACUGAGUGGUGGUGUGUUUGGCAAUAUUACUGUGCCAAAAUUCACCUUGUUUAAUUAUCUGGAUAUAUAUAUGUCAAACUUAUUACCCUUAUUGCAAGCUGAAAAUUAAGAUACUUGUGUUUAUGCUUUUGUGUGUAACCAUUUGCCUUUUCUAACCUGCUUUUCUUGUUAGCUGAAAAUAUAGUUCUGUUAGUUAAGUGAAGAGGCUCAUGCAGAAAACACAUCUACGUAGCAGUAAAGUAACAGCAUUUGUACUUUUGCUGUCUGUCUCCUGAUGGCAGUGGUGCCUUUGUCACCUUUGGAAGGUUGGCGCUUUGUUUUCGUUUUGAAAUGCAAGUAGUAGCUUGCUUUUUACUUCACAAAAUCUCCCCAGAUGUAAAAGAUAGGUAAUGGCAUGUUAUCAUCCAGACUUAGUUGGAGCAUUUGCAUUUUUAUUUUUAUUAAAACAGAUUAUAGUUGGUGAGGACUGGCCACUAAUAAUGUGUAGGGUCUUUAAGAAUAAUUUUUAAAUUAAAGAAAUAAUAAAAUUUUUGAGAAGUGACCCAUUAACAAGUGACUUGAGUUGGAGAAUUAGAAGUUGACUCUUCUGGUUUGUCUCUGAGGGGGCAAGAAUAGGUACAGGUGGCUGGCCAUGUAGAGCAGUUAAGCAUGAUCUUGGUGGUUAUUUCUCACUCAUCAGCAGUGUUGGUGCACCUCAUUAUCUGUGCAUUUGUUUUCUUAAGAGUCGUGUCAGCCAGUGAGUCCACCAGUUCUUAGGUAGUAAAUGCAGAUUUCCCUUUUUUCGUUCAUUUUUUUUUCUUUUUAAGAUUUUAUACUACAUCUUGUUUAAAGUCCUAUGAAUGUAUGUGUGUGUUAUUAAAACUGCUUUUUCUCAGUUUGAA